UCCCGGCCCGUCCGGGCGGCUGCGCGCGCCUCUCCCCUUCCUCCUCCUCCUCCUCCUCCUCCUCCUCUCGCCGCGGCCGCUGCCCACACGGCAGGGAUGGAGGCCAUCGAGGAGCUGGCGGUCCAGCCCUGCACCUCCUCCCUCUACCUGCGGCCUUUCCGCCUCUCUUACCGGCAGAAUGGCACGAAGAAGUUUUGGGAUUUCAUGAGGACACAUGACAGUGUGUCAAUCCUGAUCUUUAAUACUUCUCGGCAGUGCUUUGUUGUGGUGAAGCAGUUCCGCCCAGCUGUUUACAUGUGUGAAAUAGAAAGGCAUCAUCCUCAAGUCUUUGAGAAUCAGGACAAGCAGAGCUUCACUUCCCUGGAGAAUCCCUUACCUGCUGUGGUUGGAGUGACCUACGAACUCUGUGCUGGCAUUGUGGACAAGCCAGGCCUUUCAUUAGAAGAAAUUGCCUGUGAGGAAGUCUUGGAAGAGUGUGGCUAUCGUGUUUCCAUUGCAGACCUCAGGAGGAUCACUUCUUACAGGUCCGGAGUUGGUGUGACAGGUUCUAGGCAGACUUUGUUUUAUGCAGAAGUAAACGACCAGAUGAGAACCAGUGGAGGAGGUGGCCAGCCUGAAGAAGGAGAGCUGAUUGAAGUUGUGGAAAUACCUUUAGGAGAAUCCAUGAAGUUUGCUUAUGAUGAGACUUUCCCGAAGACAAUGGGUGUCAUCUUCAGCUUCAUGUGGUUCCACAACAACAUAGCACCUAAACUACCCAAAAAGUAAAGCACCAUGAUUUUAAGGAAAGCUUUUCUGCUGGUGCUGUGCAUGCAGAAAACUGCAAAUCUGCCUGCCUCAAUCAACUCAACUUCUCACAAGAUAAUAUUUUCUUUAAAUAAAUUUGGAUGUAAAUUAUGAAUUAAAAUAUUCACACAGUUUCCAUUAUUAGCAAAACACUAACUGGCUUCACUGGGGCCAGGAUUUGCCUUGGAGAGCCAAAUGUUGAUUUUUGUGCAAAGGUUAAAUGAAUGUGUCCAGUUCUCCUUUCUCACAGCACUGUUUGAGGAGCUGCCCAAGCCCUCAGCACAGCUGUCUCAGGAGCCUCUCACCAUGUCUGUACAUACUGGCAACUGUGUAUUCAUUGUCGGUUUUGAUAUUUUUUUUAAGAAAGCAGCAAACCUUAAUAGUCACAGAUAACAGUGUUCCUGAGUUCAGCACAGCUUUCAGGGAGCAGCUUUCUCUGUGGUGUAUGGCUCCUGUACAGAGGAGGCUUUUGCAUUUCUGAACAUGCAAACCUUUAUUUCAUAAGCAAACAGGUCUGUAAAUCCUGCUAACGUGUCACUUUGACAAUGGAGCAGCUGUAAGAUUAUGUGCUCCUGUUUGUUCCCAUCACAAUGCUGGGCAGCAGUGAUGGUGAUGGAGGGGUGAAGGGUGGGGGCUUCUGCUGGAACACAUGCUUCUUUGUUUGCUUUAUGGGCAAUAGUUGAUAAAUUAGAUCAAACUUUGUCCUCGAGAGCGGGACCAGAGAGGCCAAAUUCUUUUAAUUUGACUAUGAGGUGAUGAACUCAAGUGAUUUCUCUGAGGUUUGCUGUGGUCUCAAUUUCCUUACCACCCAAAUGAGAGGAAUGGGACUCACCCCUCAGAUAGCACUUCUUGGAAUCUAAUGACUGAAAGUGCUUUAUUGUGAUUUUAUCAUGAUUUGUGCAGUUUACAUGAAAGCCUGUGCAACCUGCACAGACACACUGAGGAAUGUCUUUUAAAAUCAACGUCUUGAUUUAAUAAUUUGAUUUAAUAAAGUGCUCUAAUUAGAACAUAUAGUACAUGUUCUAUCAGUGUAGGUUGGAUGUGGACUGUUUGUCAUGUGAAACUGUUAAGAGCAUGAAUGAAACAGAAUCAAGUCUGGCAAUUUAAUUAUGCACUGGGUUAUGUUAUUCACUGACUUAAUCAACAUGUCCAUAUUAUAAAUGCCUCCAGGGGUACUGAGGUGCUAAGUGUGUUUAGAAGAGAACUGCAAAUCUGCAAACUUGAACUUAACAGCUGAAAUAAAUGCAGCAGAGGUGUCUGAUGGUG